AUGCAUGCAUUUCGACUUUACCAAGAAAUAAAAGCUCUGCUUCAUUUUACUUUGAUCAUAAACAGUGAACAUACUAGUGGCACUGUCAGUGGUGCUGUUGGUGGAGCUGUUGGUGGUGCUAUCGGUGGGGCAACAGGUGUAUUGACUAAGAACAAAGAAUGUGGACAGAUGGUGGGUGGUGUAACUGGUGGUGUAACGGGCGCAGUUUCAGGUGGUGCUGUAGGAUAUGCGAUAAUGCCUACUCCACUAGGUGCGAUUGGCGGUGGUACUUCAGGAACUAUUGCUGGAACUGGUGCUGGCUAUACAGCUGCUGGCGUAGUCUACGAUGGUGUGAGAUGGAAAUAA